AUGACAACACCAUCACCAUCUCCUUCAACCACAAUCUCACCAUCACCACCCUGCCACUUCCUCAACCUCCCCAUCGAACUCCGCCUCCAAAUAUACACCCUCCUCCUCCUCCUCCCCCCAUACUCCAAACACACAAUCCACCCUACUCCCAUCCACGCCUCCAUCCUCCGCACCUCUCGCCAAAUCCACGCCGAAGCCUCCCCGCUGCUCUACGCCAAAAACACCUUCCUCGCACAUCCCUCCCUCCUAACGUCCUUUCCCCGCCUACGCGAACACUACCUCCCCGUCAAGGAGGAGCUGGCUAUAUCCAGAAUCCGCCGCUUCCACCUGCUGAUCCGGCUGGAUUGCGAUCUGGCGUAUUCGAGGGACGCGGCGGCCCGGGCCUUCUCCCGGCUGGACGAGGUGGUUGUUGAUGUUGCGCAGGCGGUGUUUCUGGGGGUUGGGUAUGAGAAUCUGCGUGUGUUGGAGGGCGUGAGGGGCGUGAAGAGGGUGGUUAUAAGGGGGAGUACGACGGGGUUUGAGGGCUAUGUGGAGUGGUUGACGGGUGUGAUGGAGGGGGAUGGCGAUGUUGGGGAGUAUGUUGAUGUGUGA